AUGACCGUCUUGGGGACUGUUUUCCGGCUCGCUGUUAGUUUGUGCACGCUAAAUGCGAAUUAUGACGUCAUCAAUGGAUUGAUGAGGCGAAGUCUGAAGAUUCAUUAUAAUAUUGUUAUGGGACCGACAAUGUCGAGUGUGAUGUGGGGAGCGUUUUGCAGGUAAGUUCAAGGACAUUUGGUUGGUGGAGAGCUUACUGUGCGAAGAUGAAAUAUUGAUGUGAAUGGGCUCAAAUUUAGAUUUAUCUUUUGUAAGUGAUCCCUAGUAGCAAAAACACUUGUUCUUUACAGUAGUAUUGCUACGAAAAUUUUCAUGGCAAACUUCGCAAAAAAGUGUUACGUUUUUACCAACUUUUGAUCUAAAAACCUCGGUUGUUUCUGCAAAACCCGAGCUGGACGCCUCGUAUACACCUUCAAAAGAAGUGUUCUAAACUUGUAUCAAGUUUCAUCAAAAUCUGAGCGUCGCACUUGGAGUACUUCCAUUGCCGACCUAAAAAAAAACCACACUUUUUAGCACCAUCUUUAUCUUCGCCUUUUUUGGAUCACUCUCCUUUUACUGGAUAUCCAAAGUGGUUAGUCGAAGGAAAGGUAUAAUCUUCUGUCAGCUGCUGUUUAUUUUCUCAUCAUUUCUGGCCCUGUGGAGUUACUACGACCUAUUUGAACUGCUGUUUUUCUCUCAUGCCAUAACCGGCUUCUCCGUCGGGCUUGGAGUCUCGUUUUUGGUGAGAAUUAUAAAUGUAAGUGUUGCUGCUACUUGUGUUAUACAUCGCUACACUCUAUGUUUAGGAGAUCUCGGACUCAACUACCCGAAGAUGCCUUGUUAAAGUCGCCGCUGCAACGGCGUGGAUUUCCACAGUAAUCGGAAGUGUGAUGGCGUCGAAAUUUGUGUUAGGAAGUGAGCUUACCUGGCCAUUUUUGUAUCUCUUCCCUGCGGUCUUCAAUAUGUUUUGGUAUGUUUUUCAUUGACCUCAAUCACUCGCCAUUUCUUCCCUAGUUUAGUAAAUUUUUAGUCUGACAUUUUACCUCGGGGUUUACAAAGAGACCCCGGUUUAUUUGCUGUCCUUGGCCGAGACAUCUCUUGCAAUGGAAAGCAUCAAGUUUUAUUAUGAGAAUUCGGAAAAUCACGAGGAGAACUUGGAGGAAAUGCAGAGACUGCAUCGAGAAGUGAGUCCAGCAAAGGAAAUGCUGCAAGUGCACACUCAGAUUUUGACAAAACAUAACACAAAUUUAGAUGAAGGCUUUCUAAGGCAUAUGCGAAAUUAGUAGCUCGCGCUUUACAGAAACUACCGAGAUUUUUAGAUCGAAAGUGGUCAGUAAUAAGCCAUUUUUUGCAAAUUUUGGCACUUCUCGGCGGCACUUGCAAUUAGCGAGUCAAAAUUUUCAGCGGAUGAUAAUUGGCGUAAGCACAAAGCGUGUGCAAACUUUUUUUUCAAAAACCGUAUGUCGCACUUGCAAGCCUUUCAUUGUAAAUGAAGCUAAAACUAUUGUCUUCACAACUUUUUGCAGAGCUGCAAUCGGCUUGACUUCACUCUGCUAGAGACGUUGCAAGAUCAUGUUGGACGCAAAUACAUCAUUCUGAGUGGAAUCAUUGUGAUCGCCAUUCAAUUCUCAAUUUUGUGGCCAUUUACCUUGUUUGGAACCGAGAUUUUCCUGAGAUUUGGGCAUGUGGAUAGAGUAAGAGCCUUUAUCAUCAAAGUUUCUUACCACUUCGUUGAUGAAAAAUUUAUUUUCAGUCGUCCUCAACGUUCAUUGUGGCAAUUAUCUUCAUCAUGGCCACUCUUUGUUUGCCCAUUGGAUUCAGAUUGAGUUCAAUUUUCAGCCCCAGAAAGCUACUUAUUUUCAGCAUUGCAUGUUUGUCCAUGAUCAGCAUGAUCUGUUCAGCCACUAUUUUUGUUGCGGUAAGUAGUAGUAGGUGUCCUAUCAAUCUGUCGGGAAAAUAAUGUGGAUUUGUCGAGCCUUGAAAUCGGCCAUCAACGCUUUGCGAUGGCUAGCCGCGGCUGCAAAUUUGGUGUGCGACCGUGACGAGGCGAGACAUUUUCCGACAGACUGAAAUAGGUCCAACACUUCCAAUGACUCCUCAUUCCAGGAGACUCAACCUCCGCAAUCCUGGCCAGCCCUUCUGCUCAUCGUGACCUUCAGUCUGACGCUUAUAGUUCACAGUUCACUCGUCGAGCCCCUGCUCUCCAACGGCCUGAUUGUGAUUGGCGAGCGGCGCUUUCAGCGGGCCAUCUUUCAUUUCGCCUCAAAUUUCACUUUUCUCUCGGCUUUCUUGGCCACUUUGUUGUUCUACCCGCUACAACAAGCCAUUGGAUAUGGGGUUUACAUGAUUUUCACGGCAAUUCAGCUAGUGGCUUUGGGAGUCAUCGUAAGAUUGCAUGCCAAAGGAACUAUUGCAGAGAAUAACGGAGAAACACAACAGGCGGAUGAAGAGAAUAGAACUAACUAA